CAAGAGCUCAACGAACGGACCCUACAUUUGAAGGGCUUUCCCACUGACGCCAAAUUGGAUGACAUAAUGGAGUUCUGCAGACAAUACGGAACCGUUGAGAACAUUGAGAUGAGAAGACACAUGAAGUCCAAGACGUUUAAGGGCUGUAUAUUCGUGGUGUUCGCCACCAAAGACGAGGCGCAGAAAGUGUUGACCGCCGAUGAAGUCAAAUAUGACGGCAAAGACUUGUUGCGCGAAAAUAAAGUCACUUAUUGGGCGCGAAAGAAGGAGUUCUCAGAGCGCCGGCAGAGAAAAGGUGGCAAACCUGUCGUCAAAGACGAGAACGCUUCCGGCGAUGGAAAACCUGAAUCUGUUAUCAAUUCUGUGCGAUUCGCCGGCGCUGUGCUUAAGCUGUCAGGACUGCCAACUGAUGCCAAGUUUUCGGACAUUAAGACACUGUUCCUAAAGUACGGACCCGUGGCUUAUGUGGAGGCCGUCAACGCUCAACAAGAG